AACAAGAAACAGAAUCUGUUUUGUCAGAGGUGCAGCAGCAAUGAAUUCCAAACAGCAGUGUGUGGAGUUGAAUGAUGGUCACCUCAUGCCUAUACUGGGAUUUGGCACCUAUGCUCCAAUUGAGGUGCCCAAGAGUAUGGCUACAGAGGCCACUAAAUUAGCUAUAGAUGCUGGAUUCCGCCAUAUUGACAGUGCUUAUUUGUACCAAAAUGAGGAGGAAGUGGGACUUGCUAUUCGGAGCAAGAUUGCAGAUGGCACAGUUAAAAGAGACGACAUAUUUUAUACUUCAAAGCUUUGGGGCACCUUCCAUCGACCAGAAUUGGUUCAAUCUUGCUUAGAACGGUCAUUGAAAAAACUUCAAUUUGACUAUGUGGACCUCUAUCUUAUUCAUUUCCCAUUGCCCAUGAAGCCAGGAGAAGAGAUUCUUCCAACUGAUGAACAUGGAAAACUAAUAACUGACACAGUGAAUCUGUGUGCUACUUGGGAGGCCAUGGAGAAGUGUAAAGAUGCAGGAUUGGCCAAGUCCAUUGGGGUGUCCAACUUUAAUCGCAGGCAGCUGGAGAUGAUCCUGAACAAACCAGGCCUCAAGUACAAGCCUGUAUGUAAUCAGGUGGAAUGUCAUCCUUAUCUCAAUCAAAGCAAGCUGCUUAAUUUCUGCAAGUCAAAAGACAUUGUCUUAGUUGGCUACAGUACCCUGGGAUCCCACAGAGAAAAACCCUGGGUGGACCAGAACUCCCCAGUUCUCUUAGAUGACCCUAUUCUUUGUGCCAUGGCAAAAAAGUACAAGCGGACUCCAGCCCAGAUUGCCCUUCGCUAUCAGCUGCAGCGAGGGGUUGUGGCCCUGGCCAAAAGUUUCAAUGAGAAGCGGAUCAAAGAGAACAUGCAGGUUUUUGAAUUCCAGUUGACUUCAGAGGACAUGAAAGAAUUAGAUGGCAUCAAAAACAAUGUCAGAUAUAUCACAGUUGAUGAAGCUAAAGCCCAUCCUAACUAUCCAUUUUCUGAUGAAUAUUAACAUCAAGGCUUUUGAACUAACUUCCCCCAGAAGAUCUUGUGCAUGGAUGUGGAUGUAAGAGAUCUCUCAAAUUCAGAGGUUUAGACUCGCUUCUUCUCACCAAUUCAUGCUAUCAACUCAUAGUAUGGUGGAAUUAUACUACAGAUUUGGAAGAAGGGCAACAUCUUUUUGUCACAUUUUGAAAACAAUAAAUUGUUUUCCCUAAAAAAUC